AUGGGCAGGUACCAGCAGUACCGACCUCUCGACAGAGCUGAGGGAAUGGCCGUAUCAACAUGGCCUGAUAUCUCUCACCUAUCUAUAUCAAAACCAGCCCUAGUAAAUGUUCUGAGGCAGAUGGACCAACAUGUCAAGUGGCCUCAGAAGAUGACCUCUCCUGAUUCCCACGGGAACCCGAACUGGUGGUGCGACUUCCAUAACGACCACAGUCAUAAGACGGAAGACUGCAUCGAACUAAGAAUCGAGGUCAACGAGCUGCUGAAGAAAAGACACCCCAUGGAAUUUCUUUCCGAUAAAGCUAAAAACCUCCUGAAUAAGGACGCGACGAAACAAUCCGCAAAAUCUGUUCCUGCCUCGGCUCCACAACAAAACCGAGUGAUCCAUGUCAUCUUUGGUGGCUCAAAGAUAAGCGGCAUCAGCCACGCCGCAGCUAAGAAAAGCACAAGGAGUGCCAAAAACAUGCAGGAGACCGGGACACCAAAGCGCCUGCUCCUGGGGACUGAUGAGAUCAGUUUCACCGCUAAGGAGCAGGAGAAGACCCUGUCUCCUCAUCACGAUGCCCAGGUGAUCUCACUCAUAAUAGCCAACUUCCUUGUGAAACGAAUCCUCGUGGACAAUGACAGCUCCAGAAACAUCAUCUUUCAGACCGCUUAUCACGAUUUGGGUCUGGAAGCAGGCACGCUAACAUGGAAGGUUACCCCUCUCAUAGGCUUCAGUGGAGAGGUUAAGCAGACCUCUAGCAAAGUCACUCUUCCUGUGUAUGCAGAAGGAAUCAACAUGUCAACUAAAUUCCUGGUCGUCGACUGCCAAUCAUCUUAUAAUAUGAUACUCGGACGACCAUGGAUCCACGACAUGGGAGCCUUCCUUCAACACUUCAUCAAUCAAUCAAGUUCCCUACUCCCUGGGGCAUCAAGACCAUCAAGGAAGACCAGGAGAAUUCCCGGUCCUGCUACCAGACAACCCUAA